CAGAUCCCCGCCCAUCUACGUCAGUCUGCCAAGUGCGCAUGUGCAGUCUGCUCCACAGUACCGCACACCGGAGACACAACAACCGACCGUCCGGUAAAUAGAGACUGACAGGAGCCCGGGGAGAGUCGUGAGAGAGACCGGGUACAGAACACCGAGAGGCCGGGGAGAGAGCACCGAGAGACCGGCCACAGAGCAUCGAGAGACCGGGGACAGAGCACCGAGAGACCGGGGACAGAGUACCGAGAGACCGGGUCCCGCACAUCACACACCGGAGAGAUGCCCUCCCCCCGGUGAUCUCCCCCUGGAGGAGGGUCUCAGGUCCGGGUCCGGUUUGGAUGUGAUCCCGCGGCACCAUGCAGGCGCUGCCGCUGCAGUACGACUUCUUCAGCGAGGAGAACAGCUUCAAGUGGAGAGGCCUGUUAGUGCCCUCUCUGGAGAAGGUGCUCCACCAGGUGCAUCCUAACCUGGUGUCUCAGCUCGGGGCUCUUCAGUACAUCGAGGAGCUGAUCCUGCUGCUGCUGAGCACACUGUGUCAGGCCCAGCCCCGCAGCGUGCAGGACGUGGAGGAGCGUGUUCAGAAGAGCUUCCCUCACCCAAUCGAUAAGUGGGCGAUCGCUGAUGCUCAGGCUGCCAUCGAGAAGAGGAAGAGGAGGAACCCUCUGGCUCUUCCUGUGGAGAAGAUCCACCCCCUGCUGAGGGAGGUGCUGGGCUACAAGGUGGACCACCAGGUGUCGGUGUACCUGGUGGCCGUGCUGGAGUACAUCUCCGCUGACAUCUUGAAGCUGGCAGGGAACUACGUGAGGAACAUCCGCCACUACGAGAUCUGCCAGCAGGACAUCACUGUGGCCAUGUGUGCAGACAAGGUCCUGAUGGACAUGUUCCACCAGGACGAAGAGGACGUCAGUGUGUUUCCUCUGAUGGACGAGGAGCCGUCAGCCAAUGAGGAGCAGAGUUACUACGACCUGGUGAGGAGCUUCCUGUCCGACGGCCGGACCUUUGAGAGGACCCUGACCCUCCUGAUCAAAGUGUUCAGAGAGCCCUUCACCUGCAGUGAGGCGCUCUACUCUCAGCAGGACGUGGACAGCAUCUUCUCCAGGGUCCUGGAUGUUCACGAGGUGACGGUGAAGCUGCUGGGUCUCAUCGAAGACUCGGUGGAGAUGACGGACGAGGACAGCCCUCACCCCCUGGUGGGGAGCUGCUUCGAGGACCUGGCAGAGGUGAGGAGGGAGCUGCAGAACUGUAAGGCGAGGAAAGCGGCGGGUCCAGAUGGCAUCAGCUCGAGGCUCCUCAAAUCCUGUGUGGAUCAGCUGUGUGGGAUUGUGGAGCUUCUAUUCAACCUGAGCCUGAAGCAAGGGAGGGUACCACAACUGUGGAAGACGUCAUGUGUGGUACCUGUGCCAAAGACCCCUAGCCCCAAGGAAUGUAACUACUACCGGCCGGUGGCGCUGACAUAACAGCUGAUGAAGACCCUGGA